AAGCGUUAUAUCUGAUUAUUCGCUCGUCGGACAUAAGAAAGAAAACCCUAGCUUGCUCCUGGUUUGCUGUCGCUCAGUACCAAUCGUAAACAUAUAUCUGUGAAUGUUGUAACAUUACUCGGAAAUUUGUUGAGGAUUGUGGAUUGUUUUGUUGCACAUCAGGUGUUCGAUCAAUUGUCUUAUAUUUGUCUGCGAGUCAUGUUGAAAAGGAUAUGUUGUAUGCCAUAUACACAUGGAGGUGAGAAGUCGAAAUUCUUGUUGCAGGCUAUUACGAGGCAUAUUCACAGUGGUGAGGUUCGUUGUUCAGCAAGAAGCUUUUUUGGAGUAGAGGACUUUGUAGAUGAUGACAACAGUCGUCCAUACACAUACCAGAAGGAAAAGAAAUCCAAGAAUCCAAACAAGCACAUAUCAUUCAAACAGCGUACAAUAGCUUACAUGGAGCCCUUCACUCUAGAUGUAUUCAUCUCAAAGCGAUUUGUUUCAGCCUCGUUGACACACAGGGUAACAAGCAGACAAGUUGCAGUUGCAGGGACAAACUCAAAAGACAUCAAAGCAGCACUUCAAUCUCGAUCAGAUAUUCCUGCUUGUUUGGCGAUUGGGAGGAUUUUGUCUGAAAGGGCUAGAGAGGCUGAUGUGUACACAGCUUCUUAUACACCCAGAGAAAGGGAUAAGUUUGAAGGUAAAAUUAGAGCUGUUGUUCAAUCCCUUAUUGAUAAUGGUAUUGACGUUAAAAUUUAUCUUGAUUGAUCAAUAAAACAAACCAUGAUCCUCAUUUCCCAUUAGUAUUAUGCUUAUGCUGAACUAAGCUCUGUUAUGUAAAAUAUUGUUUCUUUGGUAAAUAUUUAGAUAUUAUUUUUAUUUAAUGAUCAUCCAUCCAUC